CGUUACGCCCGCGCAUAAGAGAGCGUCGGAGUCGGGGUCCCCUGCCUUCCCCGCGUCCCUCUCCCUCCCCGAUCCCGAUCGCGAGCGGACGCGCGGCCUCCCCCUCUCCAGAACGCCCCCCGCCGCGCGGAGCGGAUCGAGCGCGCGCGCGCGCGAUGGACGAGUGGCGCUGCCGGCGGCACCCGCCCCUGCCGGGCGGCGGCGUGUGCCCGCACUGCCUCCGCGACCGCCUCCUCCGCCUCUGCCCCGAGUGCGCGCGCGCGCGGCCCUGCGCCUGCUCCUCCUCCGGCGCGUCCUCCCCGUCGUCGUCCUCGUCCCCCGGCGCCGGCGCGGCCGGCGGCCGGAACCACAGCCUCGCCGAGCGGGAGCGCCGGGUCGCGCGCUCGCGCUCCGUCGUCGCCGCGCACGGCGGCGCCGACGACCGGGGGCGGUCCAGGUCCGGGGUCUGGGGCUGGGUGUCGUUCCGGAAGCCACCUCAGCCGCCGACGCCGGACGCCGCCGCGGGGUGCAAGGACGUGGAGCAGGAGUACGACGACGCGGUGGCGCUGGCGCGGUCGAGGUCGGUGUCGGCGGAGCCGCCGGCCGCGGAGCCGAAGGCGGCGGGGCCGCCGAAGGCCGGGGGGUGGGGCAGGCUCAUCCCCGGGAAGAUCAAGGCGCUGCGGAGCCGGAAGUACCGCGGCGGCGGCGGCGAUUGGCGGGACAGCGCGAGAUGAAACCGAUCGCCAUUCGCGGGGUGCGCGCGCGAUUAGGUCGGGUGAGUUUGUUACGUUGUUCGUCCCUGGAUUAGGUGGUGGUGGUGGCUGAUCGGUUGUUUCUUCCUCCUUUCAUUUUCUUGACCGUGCGUGCCCGAUGGCGCUGCGCUAAUUUUCUGAUCGAAACAUCAUUUUUUGUAUAAA